GCCUGCAGUUCAACUGUUUGAAGGGGUGACAAUCCAUUUAGAACUGUACAGUGUACGUGCCAACUUCAAGUUUUGGCUGCUUGAUGGCGGCGGGGUUUCCUGCCAAGUGAUGAGGGGAGCAGGGAGCAUCAGGAAGUUUCCAGAUCAAAGAAACUCUUCGGCGCCGUCCAAGUGAUGUACGAUUGGGCGCCUUGCUGUCAUCAAGGAUUCCUAUAACGCUUUGCUGAGAAGCGGUGGGUGGCACAAUUGUAUGGUCAACAAUGGCAAGUGACGGUGUUCAGGGUUUGCAGGAGGACUGGGAGGAUUUUGGCCAGAAAGGGGACCUGACACAGAGGAUCAUGGAGGUGCUGCAGAACUACCCAGAGGGCACCAUGAUCCUCAAGGAGCUCAUUCAGAAUGCUGACAAUUUGGGGGCCAGCAAGUACAUGGCGGGGAGCCCAAGUGCGAUCGGGGGAGUUCAAACACGCGCAGAGAAAGCAUGUGACCUGCAUCUGUUGCCGUGGACAUUGAUAAUGGCCUGGCCGGAUGCCAGAAACGCUGCACUUCCCGUCCCCUUCCAAGGGCCGUGCAAGUUCUGCUUCCUGGCCCUACCCACAACAACGGAUCAUGCCAAAGGUUACUUCGAGGUCUCCAGCAAUCACUGCGACCUCCGGAGGGGCCUCGACACUUGCUGCCAACUUUGGGCAGCCGGCUGUCGUUUUUAUUUGCCGUUGACACAGGGAGGGGGCCUCUGAAAAGCGGCGGUUGAGGACAACAACCUGGGCCGUUGAGAAGCGACGAAGGGUUCAUUCUUGCAGAGUAUAACGAGCAACAACCGGAGAACUCGAGAAGCGAGAUCGGGUCAGUUGGGAAUUCGGGCGGUUCUCCUUUGCGAAGACUACUACUGAUUGAGAAAGCUGGUCAGCCGAUUUUGCCCCUCGGCGGUACAAUCGCCUCCGGUCAAAGUUUGCUUACCCUGACUGCGGUGUGGAACUUAAUCUGAGCGCACUGAGUGCAUGUUCUCUGUGCGUACAUUAUUGAAAAUGAAAGUCAAAUAUUAUUUAUAAAGGCUAGCUCACAGGC